AAAACGUUUUGCGGUGUAAGCGAUGAUUUUGUAUGGAGUUAUUUGUUCAAAGAGUCGUCACUUUAAGCCAUUACUGAAUUUGCGCAAUACAGUUCUGGAAUCGAAUUACUCCUAUAGGAUUAGAGUCACUUAAGGACCCCUGGUGGACAAGACGCGCUUCGUUUGACUGAGUGCCUCCAGAGGAAUAUAAAAUGGCAUGGAUUCCCGUCGCAUCCACAUUCCUUAUUCCAGAUUUCGCGCUGGUACCAAUCUAUAAUCCUCUCAAAAUGGCUAGCAGGAUGACUUCAGCACUCGUACUUCUAGCUAUGAUAACGGUUCUCUCCAACAUCGGACACGUUCAAAGCAACCCUGCGAUUGCAACUGGCUACGACCCCCUGGAAAUAUGCAUAGAAAACUGCGCGCAAUGCAAGAAAAUGUUGGGUGCAUGGUUCGACGGUCCAUUGUGCGCUGAAUCCUGCAUCAAAUUCAAAGGAAAACUCAUCCCGGAGUGCGAAAACUUCGCAUCCAUUUCACCUUUCCUAAACAAACUUUGAGGAGAAAGAAAGAGACGACAUUCGUUUGUUACUUCGAUUACGUUGGCAUGACAGUUGAAACAUGCGAUCAAUUACAUGAAGCGAAAUGGCGUAUUUAGUUUACAGUUUUACAUUAGUUCUUGACAGGAAUCGAAAUUUUUCUAUAAUUAUAUAACUAAACCAAUAGUAGAGUCGCUUCUGUGAUAAUGAAGCCUGAUUGGUCGAAUAUUCUGUACAUUUGUAUAUCGAAGUAGCAACGAAUUACCUCAAAACGACAUGCCAAAGCCUUAGAUAAUUUUAUAACCCAGUAUUGUUUACUUUUAUACUUAUUUUGUACAGGGAUUAUUGUAAGUUAUUCCUAAUAAAUGUGAAUAAAAACACUACGUUUUAUUUGC